AUGGCCUACGCCAGCACCAGCGCACAACCUCACCACCAAACAGCCGCCGUCCCUGUCCCGCUUGCAAUCGGGCAGCAGCACGGCAGCCACUCUGGCCCGCACAGCCAGCCUGGCUCGCUCCCGCCGGGCGCACACCCGUCGUCGGCAACGAGCAUUUCGUUCGAGAGCGUCCUCACGGACGAGGAGGAGAAGCUGAGCGACUACGAGCCGGGCGGGUACCACCCGGUGCGCGUUGGCGACGUCUACGGCCCAAAGGACCGCUAUGUGGUCGUGCGCAAGCUCGGCUGGGGCCACUUCUCGACCGUCUGCGUCAACAAGCAUGUCGCGCUCAAGGUGGUCAAGUCGGCGACGCACUACACCGAGACGGCCCUGGACGAGAUCAAGCUCCUGCAGCGCGUCGUCGAGUGCAACCCGGCGCACCCGGGCCGACGACACGUCGUCUCGCUCCUCGACCACUUUACGCACCGCGGGCCCAACGGCACGCACGUCUGCAUGGUGUUCGAGGUCCUCGGCGAGAACCUGCUCGGCCUCAUCAAGCGGUACCACCACCGCGGCGUGCCCGACCACAUUUGCAAGCAGAUCGCCAAGCAGGUCCUCCUCGGCCUCGACUACAUCCACCGCGAGUGCGGCAUCAUCCACACCGACCUCAAGCCCGAGAACGUCCUCAUCUGCAUCGACGACGUCGAGGCCGUCGUGCGCGCCGAGCUCGAGACGUCGCCGGCCGCCGUCCCGACCAAGAUGAUCGGCGUCCCGCCGUCGCAGCCUCGCGGCGGCGCCCAGACGCCGCGCGCCGAGACCGUCUUCAUCACCGGGUCGCAGCCGCUCCCGUCGCCGUCGAGCAGCUACGGCACGAGCCCCGUCAUCGAGAAGCUCGCGUUCCAGAUGAGCAAGAUCUCGGACUCGGGCGGCACGGGCUCGUACGUCGGGAGCGUCAAGAAGCAGGGCAUGAGCGCGACCACGCCCGACGACGUUGGCGAGCAGAUGGCCGGCGUCCAGCUCGCCGACAUUGGCGCCAAGACGGCGCCGGCGACGGCCCCGGCAAAGGGCCCGUCGCUCCUGUCGCAGCAGGCGGCGGCGGCGGCCCAGUCGGGCACGAGCGGCGCAUCCCUCCCCACCCCAUCCUCGUCGUCCGAGCCGGCCUCGACCUCGUCCUCUUCCGCCCAUACUCAGCAGCAGGAGCAGCAGCAGCAGCACAACAACGACUCGGACGUCACGAUGCGCUCCCCACCUCCCGAAGAAGCCUCGCCGCCGCACGCCCUCCCUCGCGACCCGCUCCAGCCCGCCAUCGUCGCCGGCGACCCCAACACGCUCCCGCCGCUCGCGCCGUACGACCCGUCGACGCUCGAGCGCAUCACGGUCAAGAUCGCCGACCUCGGCAACGCGAGCUGGACCGACCUGCACUUUACCAACGACAUCCAGACGCGCCAGUACCGCUCGCCCGAGGCCAUCCUCGGCGCAAAGUGGGGGACGGCGGUCGACAUUUGGAGCGCAUCGGCCAUGUUCUUCGAGCUCUUGACGGGCGACUACCUGUUUGACCCGCACCCGGGCACGCGGUACAACAAGGACGACGACCACAUCGCCCAGAUCAUCGAGCUCCUCGGCCCCUUCCCGCGCUCGAUCGCGCUCAGCGGCAAGUUCAGCGCCGAGAUCUUUACCCGGAAAGGCGAGCUCAAGCACAUCCACAAGCUCAAGUUCUGGCCGAUGCACUCGGUCCUGCAGGACAAGUACCUCAUCACCGAGGCCGAGGCCAAGCACCUCGAGUCGUUCCUCCAGCCCAUGCUCAACCUCAACCCGGACAAGCGCGCGACGGCGCGCGACAUGCUCGACCACGACUGGCUCCAGGGCGUCGUCGUCCAGGGCGAGAUCGAGGCGCAUUUGCUCGAGAGCGGCGAGGGCAUCGACGACCGGCAGAAGAGGGUCGAGGAGGGCAAGCAGAUUGCGAGGGGGAUCCGGGGCAUGAACACCGAGAGCCCGGCCGUCAUGAACGCCGCCACCGUCGACCCGCAGCUCGUGCACGCGCUUCGACCUAUCGACGCCAACCUCAACGUCCACCACACGGACCCGCCACCGCCUCCGUCAACGUCGUCGCUCCACCCGCAGAACCGGCGCUGAGCGUCGUCGUCGUCGUCGUCGUCGCCUACCGCCCUCCACGCACCCUUCCUCACCUUCCCUCGCCUCGCCUUAGACUUUCUCGCCUACUCUAUUCACCUCGCUCGCCCUCGCCUUCCACCUCGCCAUUUCCCUCGGCCACCUAAUCCUUUCCGCCCGCGUUCGCCCACGUCCUCGAUCGGUGUCGUCCCUCGCCUUCCUUCCUCGCCAUCCUCCCUCUUCUCUACCUCGACCCGAGCCCCGCACCCCCUUGUCGUACAACAUGUCGUCCCUCUCCCUCAUUCUCCCCUUUCACGCCCUCGACGCCUCGCAUCGAGGUCGACGCCGCAUCGUCGCAGACACGCAUCCCUCUCACCUUGUCCUCCCUCCCUCCCCCUCCCCUCGCGCAGCCGCAAAACGCAGUGCGGCGGCUGUCUGUCUCUCGCUCCUCCCUCUCUCGGCGUGCGCGCUGUGCUGUCUUUUUGCCGUCGUUGUCGUCGUCGCCCUUGUCGUCGUCGUUUGGGAGGAGCCUGUGCGGAGGAGGCAAUAGACUGUCCUGUCUCUUCUU